CCGCUAUCCCUUCCCGCACAACAAAACACCCAAAUCCAAAUCCAAGUCCAAACCCCCCUCCGCCAUUCCUCCAAUUUUCCAUUUUCGAUAUUCAUGCUGCAAUGGUGCGUGAGCUCCGCGCCGACUCCUUCUACGCCCGCCUCCGCGCCGCCGCCGCCGCCGCGGCAGCGGUUUCCUCCGCCUCCGCCUCCCCUCUCCUGAUCCUCCCGUCCGCGGCCGACGCCGACUCACUCUGCGCGCUCAGGAUCCUCGCCCACGUCCUCUCCGCCGACUCCGUCCGCUUUUCCGUCUACCCCGUCGCCUCCACCGCCGAUGCCGCCGAACUCCUCGCCUCCUUCUCGGGCGCCACUGCGUCCUCACCCCUGUCGCCGCCGCCGCUCUGCGUAUUACUUAUCAACUGGGGCGCGCGCUCCGACCUCCUCCGCGGCAUCCUGCCGCGCGGCUCCACCGCCUUCGUCGUGGAUUCGCACCGCCCCGUGAACCUCCGCAACCUCGCCGCGGGGAACGACCGCGUCAUCGUGCUCUUCACCGCUGAUGACGAGCGCGCCGCCGACCUGUCGUAUGACUUCGACGCGUCCUCCCUUGCCGACGCCUCCGACCUAACGGCCGAGGGGGACGCGGACGACGACCACCUCCGCGCCUCCGAGGAGGAGGAGUCAGAUACCUCGGAUUACGAUUCCGGCGCCGAGGGCGGGAGGAGGAAGAGACGGUGGGCGUCCGAUGACGCGGAGGCGGACGGUGACGAUCCGGUGAGGCUGUUCGGGAGGCUGCGGCGGGAGUACUACCGGCUCGGCACCUUCCACGGGAAGCCGUCGGGGUGCCUCAUGUACGACCUCGCCCACAAGCUGCGCAGGAACACCAACGAGCUCCUCUGGCUUGCCUGCGUCUCCCUCACCGACCAGUUCGUCCACGAGCGCAUCACCAACGAGCGCUACCAGGACGCGGGCAUGGAGCUCGAGCAGCACAUCAACGGAUCCGGCAACCUCGAUCCGUCCGGCGUCGGCUCCGUGGUCACCCUCAAGGACGGGACCAGGAUCCGUGCGCCCGAGACCUCCCGCAUCGCCUACGAGGACGAGCCGAGGCUUAUGCUGCUGCGGGAGUGGACCUUGUUCGACUCCAUGGUCUGCUCCUCUUAUGUCGCGACGAGGCUCAAGACGUGGAGCGACAACGGGCUCAAGAAGCUGAAGCUUCUUCUGGCGAGGAUGGGGUUCCCGCUCGCCGACUGCCAGAAGGGGUUCCAGUACAUGAGCAUGGAGGUCAAGAGGAAGAUGCGCGAUGAGUUUGACCGCUUCCUGCCGGAGUAUGGGCUCACCGAGUUCUACUACAGAAGCUUCCUGCGGGUGCACGGGUACAAGUCCAAGGUCUCUGCUGCGGAUGUUGUGUAUGGCGUCACAGCUUUGCUUGAAUGUAUGAGUGCCGAGUCCAACGAUUCGAAGGAGUGUUCUGCUGCUGAGCAAUUCUGGGUUGCAUACUCUGCGCUGUCUCCGAGCAAUGUGGAUCAGCUGCAAAAAGGAAUGCAAUCUGCAAUUGAGAUACAGAGGGCUAUAUUGAGGCAAGGGAGCUCGGCAAUCACCAAGAGCGGCUUCAUACGGAGUGCAAAGAAGUUCAGGUGGGUGAAGCUCGAUGACCCAGUGGACACGAGCAAGCUGUGCCACCCUCAGGCGCUUACCAAGUUCUGCUUCUUCCUGAUGGAUGCACUGAAGGAACGGGGUGCAAGGACGAAGCCACUGGUGUGUGCUUGCUUAGGGAGGGAGCCUGAGAAGGUGCUGGUAGUUGGGGUAUGGGGGAAGCCCAGGCUUGGGGCAGUUCAGGGGAAUUCGUUCGGUAAUGCAUUUAGGUCAGCGGCAGGGGAGAUUGGCGCAGACUAUUUCCAUGACAUGUUUGAGUCAUCAUGGAUUGUUCUUGACGUUGUUGCUGUCAGUUCUUUCAUGAUUCGGUUAACGGAGAAGCUGUAAUGAUGGCAUGCGCUGUCUAUGCUAGUUAUCCUUUUAGUCCCAAAACAAGAAGGGACUUGAGGCUUGAUUCUGCCUCCAAAUAUAGGAGCUUCAGUCCUGGCGGUACAUGACAUGUAUUCUCUCCUUAUCCACCUGAACUUUUUCAUGAUCAUGUUUUGCAGCGAGAAAGGAGGUUUUCCCACUGUUUAGCCAAUUCAAUUAGCAAAUGAUAGAUCAAUAAAAUUCAGAUGCAAACCUUGUCACAAUAUGGAGAUGGACAAGGUAUAUGGUACUGUUGACCUGAUAGUGUACCUUGUAUCUGUGCUUGCAUAAGUACGUGCCUUCUGAUUAUAGAAAAGUGUCGUCUCCUCUUUUUGUGCCACUAGAGUUACUUGAAGUUCUUGAAGUGUGUAAACUAACGAGCCUUUUUUUGAAUAUGUGGUGUUAAUGUGUUAUUAGCACAAGCUAACUUAAAUGCAUAUUUGUUUUAAAUUAAAAUCAUGUGGAUGCAUUUGGUUGUCUCUUGAUCAGGAUAGAUGUUAAUAAAUGUAUAAUACUUCUGGUGGUUGAUUUUACAUUAAUAUCCUUCCACAAAUUCAGUAGAUCAUUGUAAGAAUUUCAUUUACCCAAUCCUCCUCUCCCAUAUAUUUCUUAGUUCUUACAAUGCAAAGACGAUGCUAUGGAAAACAAAGCCCUUCUGUUGCAGCAAAUAAUUUAUUUUGUUGUUCCACAAAGAUAUAAUCAAUUUGUUGAAUGCUCUCACUCAAAUGUGUUAGUUGUUGCAAACUUGAUUAGUCUGAAAGAAUAGACUUCAAUUUUUUUUAUCAAGCAUGAAACUGUGUGAUUCAGACCAUGUUGGUUGAUAUGCCAGUUGCACUGCGCUAACCAAGUUCCAUAAUAUGGAAAUCUUGGCACCUUAAUCAACUAUAUUACAAAUUCAUAGGCCCAUAAGGAGUACAGUAUAAAAAUAUAUACAUGCAGUGUUUGUUAUCUGUGUGGAUCAUCUCAAUUAUCUAUGACUUGAUAAAUAAGUAGAUGAUCUUUUUGUACGGUAACUCUUGCAUCCUAUGUUGACAUCUAUUUAUAAAGAGAGAAAACGACUGACAGUCCAGCACUCCCACAAGACUUGUGAGUUGUGAUUAAGGACCUUGGGUUCUUCUUCUCCUAGAGCGUUUCUUGUUCAAAGUGGUUAUGUGGGUUUGCUUCUUUGCAAUACACCAUGUUUGUAUGUAAUUUUGCCAUCUGAAUCUGAGUUUUAUUUGAAUUUUAACUCUUCCCUGGAGGUGUCCCAGAACAGCUACAAGUUAACAGAGCCUUUUCUGCCUUUCCUGACGUAGCCUGCACCCAUGCUCAAAUCCUCAAUUGUAAGUUUCUCUUCUUACCAUACCUGCUUGAUUUUGGGUUGUUAGGAACAAACAGAUCUUCAUUUGU